AUGUUCGCUUGUGCUCGUAGCGCCAUCGACGAUGCCAAAACGCUCAGUAGAGCGCUUGAUGCUACAUCUUCCACAUCUCAGCACCCAUUAGUCAAUUUACUGCCUUCUGUCGUGCCUUUUUGUCGAUCACAAGACGCUUCGAUGUAUCUUGAGCUCUUGAACACAUUGACACGCCUCGUAGCGCAAUUACUCGACGUUCACGUUCUCUCUCCAUCGAUUCAAUUUUCUGCUGGUGAAACAGUAGCAGCAGAUGCUCUGGAGUGGUGGAAAGAGGUGCAGCGAAAGACAUUUGUGCUAGUAAAGCGUCACAAAGCCACUACAGCGACUCAAAGUGGGUUAGAGAAGUCUACGAACAACACUCUGUGGCCGCUAAGCUCUCGAUCUCAAUCAAUUAAUGAGCUUCAGGCCAAUCGCAGUAUUGUGCGGACAUUUGAAAGCUUUGCAGAGCUUCCAAUGGACGAUUUAGCAGCCGACUGUUGCGUACAGGCUCUCAGUCUCAUCGUUCAGGCACUAGAGCGAACGAAUCGCUUUAAACAAGGAGAGUGUAAAACAAGUAGAAAGCAAGACAAAACACAUUUAGACGCUUUUAACAGUGUCGUGGAUGCUGUUGCGUUUGCUACGGCUAAACUGCUUCAACUGUGGGCGUCUAUAAGUCAGGAAUUGAUCACUAGAUCUCAAGCGAAUUCAAGAAAACUCAUGGCUGUUGAACUUGUUAAUGGAUGGCUACAACCACGCAAAAUUGGUACACGUCAUAUGUUACAUGAACACACGCUGAUCCCUUCGGUACCUAUUCGAGCAUUUUUUGGGACAAAACAAUGGAGUUGCUCUGCUUGUGAGCGUCUGUCGCCGGUUGUAAUGGGCGAUGGAACCUGUCCACCGUGUGUCUAUCGUUGUGCAGCGUGCAAUUUCAGCUUGUGUCGGGAGUGCUUUACGCGAAUCCCGAACGUCGUACACAUUCAAUCAAGUUCUCGAAUGCUUGAAUUGACGACUUUAAACUCGGAUCAUUUUUUUGCGUGUGUGUCACGGCUUGAAAGCCAAUUCAGACCAUUAGUAGUCUGUCAACUUGCUCAGGAACUACGACGUCGAGUAGAUGAGCUGUAUCCAGUAAAUUUUCACGGAUUUGCGGCAAUAUUGCAGUUGUUUCAUCAAUUAAUUGCAUCAGACAGAGGGGCGGGGGUUGCUGUUGUACAGACACCACGCGUGACGAUAACUGGGCAGUCGGAUGCUGCUUGGUUUCCAUUGUUUAUGCGAUCAUGGACCAUGGCUCUAGGCACGUUAUUGGGAUCGUUUCUGCGUGCGUCAACGAUGCUAGACGAUUGUGACGAACUGGACACAGCAGUGCGACGCAACAGAUCAUCGGAUGAUGGCUUUCGAGUACAGUGGACCAGUGGCUAUGCUGAAUAUCGUACAACGUUACAGGUGCUUAUGCAGACAUUGGUAGCUGACGAACAACACCCGUUUGUAGUGGAUGCAACGCUAUGUUGGCUCGCACUUGCUUUACUGACGGCUGAUCCCCGAAGACGUUUGAUUUAUGAUACACAAGAGCGUCUAGAUGGUUUUUUUGUAAAUGUCACAACCAUGUUACUAACUCCAACGCUCGAGAUACUGAGUAAGGCUCAAGAUGAUUCAAAGUGUAUCGAUGCGACUUACCACCAAAGCGUUGAGCCGGUCCGCGUAUUUGCCGGUAAGGAUUUUCCGGACGUUCAGCUACAUUAUACUCCAAAUCGUGAAGAUGAAAAGACUACCCAGGAAAUGUUGGAGAUUAAGAAACAAGACGACUUGUGUAUUGCGAAUUAUCACAAGCGCAGGAGACGCGAGAAUCGAGAAAAUCAUGAGAAAAACGCACAUGAUUCUUCCACAUAUUAUCCUGGUCUCUCGUGCCACGAAGGUGUCGUGUGUGAUCAUUGUGAGCUGCCGAACUUUCAAGGCAUUCGGUACAAGUGUGCAUUUUGUCGUGACAUGGAUUUGUGUAGUCACUGUUUCGAGAGGUUUUGUGUUCAUCAAGCAUUACCUGAUUCAGCAAGUGAGUCGGAUAUUAAACCGAUCCAGCAUAAUCCCGGCCACAUUUUCAUACGUAUUGAGUCACCCAUUCCCGUAUUUGCCUUGAAGCAUUUUCAGCCACUUUCGAUCGAUUUAUUGACCAACACUAAGAAAACAAGUGAGUCAAGUAACGUCCUGGAGAAAGAAAUUGAAUCGCUUGAUGUGUUAGAUUUGCAAUGUGGAGACUGUGGUGUUCUGGUCGCUACAGGGCAGGAAGACGAGGUGGUGUACAAAUGUGCCAAUUGUUUUUCAACGCGAGUCGUGUGUGCUACCUGUUUGGCUCUUGAAGAAGCGCAGAGUCAGGGCAAUCCAAACGAGAUGCAUGCACCUGGACACGUCUAUUUUGUUAUGACAGCUCUCUGGCGGCGGCAUUUGUCGAGCUCGUGGGACAGCACGAUUACAAAGCUGUGCUUUCGACGCUUGUUGCAUCCGCCAGCUUUGAUUUCACGGCGUCGUUUUCCGCGUGACACGGAGCUGUUUUACUUGACACUCAAGUAUCUUCACUAUGGACCGCUGGCAUUGUUGUCACGGUGGCUGAGUAUGAGGAGGGAACUUCAGGAACUCGAAGCAUUUUGUGCCUGUGACGAGGAACGAUACGAGUACGAGCGUGAACAAGAGCGCAGAACUAUUCAUCAUGUUCAAAACAAAUCACCAUCAUUUAAGCCUUCGGUGCACUACAAAGCGAGUAAAGCACGUCUUGAGGAUAUCCGUGUCAAAUGUGUGAAGAUUGAAUUGCAUUUGUUGGCAGACGCGAAUAUAGUUGAGUGGCUUCUGUUCUAUGCAAAAACAUGUCGAUGGCUUCUCACUUUCGCAUCAGCAGGUUCAGGGACUGAAACGGUUUCACACAAUCCGUUUGAUGAGCCGCUUUUGCACUUUUCAGCCGUAUUUGGCGCAUUCCCAGAACACUUUUUCUUUGAUUUGUGCAACGUUGUGUACUUGUUGGGUCUGGAGCGAUUAUCGUAUCGUAAUUUUGUACGCGAAGCUAAGAAAUUAGGACGAUUGGGGGAUGAGGUGACAGAAAUCAUUGAGCCUCUUGCGGUCAUGUUGACUCAAAUUGUUGUCUCGCCAAAGAUGACAAAGAAUCCCCACCUUCGAAUCGAAGCUUUGCGAUCCCUUUCGACUUUAUUGACUUUUGUAUCCAAGGGUCAACAAAUGCACCAACGCGAAGGACAUCAGCUAAUGGAAGCAUUGUUCAAGCGCCAUAAUUUAUUGUCCAAGUGGCUUGUUGCUGGUCUACUGCAGUUUCAUUUCGAGAUGGAUCGGUACAACGUUAGCAACAAUGGACUUGCGUUCAGCAGCGCCGCAUCGAGCGGCGAUCACAUAUUGUGGGGCUUUCUACCGACUCGGUUAUCUGUGACGUUGCUGUUGCGAUUUCUUUGGCAGCUUCCAAGUCCACGUCAGAGCCUUUUGCAUAUGUUAAGCAAAUCGGAAAAUUGGCACACUCUCCUGUCGGCUGAUAUACGUUUAGAAAUCAACAUUGAACAGCAGCUCACAAGUCUCGUAUGCGGAUUAUGGAGUGACAUCGCCAAGCUUUUUGAUGAAGCCAAUUCCAAGAUCACAACAUUGCGGCAAAUCCACGAUUUGCUGCAAGAUUCAGUCGACGGAAGUGUCGUGGUGCUUCCGUUUCGACGUGAUAUGCUCGAUGGAUAUAUUGCAAUUAACGCAAAACAGUUGCGAUUAACAAUGCGAUUUCUGGUCGAAGCUCUGGAGUUGACGUCGUGGUUUGCAUCGAUUGUAAACCAAGAGAGCACGGAGCGAUCGUUUUCAGCUCUGAUUAGUGCGAUGCGUCAUGUGCUGUUGCAGUCGCUUGUGGUGGAACAAGCAGCUCGCACUUUAAGUUUUUUAAUUUCUUCAUUGUUCACUGUUUACAAACAAGACGAGUGGAAUUUCUCAAGGCCAUUGUUAGAUGAUGGAAAGCAGAUACUGGCACAUUUGAUUGUGCUUGUGGUGCGCUAUACUGGUUAUAAUACACACCCCUCGUGCGGUUGUUCUCCUUCGUCAUUUUGGAAGCUUGCACAAUUAAGUGGCAACUUGAUGACGAAAAGGAUUGGCGACUUGGACGCGCAUGUGCGCUGGGGCAUGAAUACGUUGUGUACACGCAUCGAGUCGGAGAAACAUUUAAGCUUGACUAACUGGGACGAUGAAAAUGGAGUAUUGGACAGCGAAACUGAAAUGAAUGAAGAUGAAGCGCUUGCUGUGUUGGAGAAAGAAGCUGCCGUAACGAGUGUAUCUUCAAAAAUGGAGACAAAGCGAGUGGGAAGACGUUUUAUUGCGAUGUUGGCCAAGGACGGACGGUUUAAUUCUCGACAAUUUGUCGCUAGCUGUCAAUUUUUGCGAUCAAAUCGGCAACGUGAUGGAAAUGAGGAGGAAGGUGAACGGUUUGUGUUUCUUGACAACGCGUGGGUGCAACAAUUUGUUGGUGUGAUGCACGAAGCAGAUGAGAUGAUUCACGUACACGAAGCCAUGGAGGCGUGUUUAGGAGACAUUCCGGAUCAAUAUCUGGACCCUCUCCUUAGCACGUUGAUGACAGAUCCUGUGCGUUUACCAUCUGGCAAUAUUGUUGAUCGUGCUGUCAUUGCUCGUCAUCUCUUGGCCUCGUCACAACAGGGUGGCAAUAUGGGGAGAGAUCCAUUUACGCGUGAGCCCUUGACGAUGACCAUGGUGAAGCCUUGUGAUACUUUGCGAGCUGAGAUUCAGUUGUAUCUUCGAACCAAGAUGCGCCACUUUCGCAAAGUCUCAAAUGAAGAUGUUAUGGCUACAUGGGGUCUGGGCUGGGACAUCUUAUUUCAGAGCGACACUGAAAUGGAGGUGGGAUUGGGAGACCUUGUAGAUAGAGGCAACGCAUAG